AUGGCGACGAAAAUAAAUGCUGAGCUCAGCUCGGUCAAGAAGAGAUUGAAUUUAGAUGCUGAGAAGUUCGUGGAGGAUGCGAUUGACCCCCAUGAAGUACCUGACCCUAAGCAGAAUGAAGAAACAGCAAUGGACUUGGAUGAGGUUACAGACUUUGCUCCAAAGGCUGCAAAUUAUAUUACUCUGGAUUUGACUUGUGGUGAAAAUGAGUGUCGACUGGCAGUAGAUACAGUGGAAAAUAUAGUUGCCAUUGCAAAAGUCAUUGAUGUCGGUGGUGAGUCAAGCAAUCAGCUACUACAUGGUGUGCCAUUGGGCGAAAACAACGUGCGCGUUUCAGUUAUACGGGCUAUUAAAGGUGAUGCCCUGGUACCGAUUCCAGUGAGGGAUGAGAUUUUAACCGUGGACGAUGCGGUUGGGAGCUGUGUUGCCUGGCCUAAGGACCUGGUUGUUACACAUGGAGCAAAGGAUGUUACUGCAACAACUGAAACAAAAAAACCAAAACGUGGUUAUGGCAGGAAGAAACCAAUUCAACGCAUUCAGGACAAUGAAGAUCUGGAUAAUUUGCCCCCGAAUAUGCCGAUGGCAUUAAUUGACUUAUGCAAUUGGGCAAACACUUUUCUUAAGGAAGGGAAGACAGUGAACACUGUGUUUCAAGCAGAUCUUUUUGGACAUCCAAAGAAAGCAUAUAUAUGCAGAGCUGAUGUUUACGCCACAGCCCACAAAAAAGAAGUAUCGAACGGUGCUCUUUUCUUCUACAUGAUCUACUUGAAUAAAGUAUUAAAGCAGAACAAGAUGGAGGAUAUGAUGCGGUUUGUCGACUCUGAUAAAGUCAGUGCAAUUGGAAGUGGAACUCCCACAGCGAGGUCUCGUGAUCUGUCUGUUAUGUACAAGAAUGGGAAGCCUGGGCAGAUCUAUUUGAUUCCAUAUAACACAGGUCAACACUGGACCUUGACGAUUGUGAACCCGGAAUUGGAAACCGCACGCUAUAUGGAUCCACUGAAAAGGCGCCUGGAUGGAAGUGAAUGGCCUGCUAUUGUCACUGACUCCAUAAAAAUGUACAAAGGCCUACUGAAGAAGCAGCCUGGAAAGAAGAAAGCAUCUCCUUGGAAGCCUCUACUUGGUGCUCCGAUACAAAGAUAUGAUGUGAGUUGUGGAUAUUACGUCAUGCGCUACAUGAAGGAAAUUUUGGAGGACGACAACAUUGACCUUGAUAAAAAGUGGGGAACUAGGGCUGGUCUGACUUACACAGCUGAGGAAAUUGAUGUGAUUCGAGGAGAGUGGGCAGAGCAUGUGCUAUAG